AUGCCGCGCCACCUCGGCCUUCACGGCGUGAUCGCCGCCGGCGCGUCGCGCCACCUCGCCCUGCACCACAGCGGCGUGAUCGCGGCCGCGGUGCCGGCGGCGGCGGCGUUCCUGGCCGUGUGCACGCUGGCGCUGGCGCUGUGCGCGUCGCACUCGGGGGCGGGGGCGGCGGCGACAGAGCGGCUGCGGCGCGCGCUGGCGAGCGUGAGCCGCCGGAGGACGGACCCGGUCAUCAGCAUCCACCAGGUGCAGCCCGGCGGCGUAGGGGCCGACGCGUCCCCGCCGCCUUGCGUCUGGCAGAAAGGGAUCCUCAUGGGAGGGAAGUGCCAGCUGCCGGACUUCUCCGGCGUCAUCAACUACGACCCCGCCGGCAACAUGGUCGCGCCCGGCCGUCCUCGGGCCUUGCCGGCGCUUGGCUGGUGA